AGAGUGGGGCGGGAGGGAUGGGAGGGUCCGGGGAGGGGACCAAGGGAGGGAGCAGUGGGGAGGAGGAGGAGAGCCAAGCGAUGGAAGAAGAAGCAGAGGAGGACGAGAACCUGCCGCCGGGGGAAGAGCAGGGGAUGCGGGACAGCCUGCUCGGGGGAGCCCCGGAAGGGGUUGCGGUGUCAGCCGAGGUGCCAGUGCCAGGGAAGCGAGAGGAAGAUGUCAGGGGUCGGGUGCCCGACGGAGGCUUCGGCUGGGUCGUAGUGCUGGCGGCCACCUGGUGCAGCGGCUCCAUCUUCGGCAUCCAAAACUCAUUCGGGAUCCUGUAUGUGAUGCUCCAGGAGGAGAUGGACGGCGGCACCAAGGGACAAGGCAUGGACUUCAAGACAGCUUGGGUUGGAUCGCUAGCUAUGGGAAUGAUCUUUUUCUGCUCUCCGCUGGUGAGCAUCUUCACAGACAGACUGGGCUGCAGGAAGACAUCAUCUGGAGGGGCUGCACUCGCUUUCGUUGGAUUGUUGUCAAGCUCCUUCACAAAGUCCCUUGGAGUUCGUUAUUUCACUUAUGGAAUCCUUUUUGGCUGUGGUUGCUCUUUUGCUUUCCAGCCCUCCUUGGUCAUUCUCGGUCACUACUUCAAUAAACGCCUUGGUCUAGUAAAUGGCAUUGUGGCUGGUGGCAGCUGCGUGUUCACUAUGUGCCUUCCAUUUUUACUGAAGAUGAUGGGAAGAGCCAUUGGCCUUGAGCACACCUUCCAGGUGCUCAGCGUGUUCAUGUUUAUCCAGAUUUUCCUCUCUCUCACAUUCAAACCACUCCUUCCACCACCAGUCGAUUUCAGCAAGGAAAAGGAAAAGGUGGCUGGGAGGAGCAAGGCCCAGCAGUGUCUGGCACACACACAGAAAUACUUUAAUAUGCAAGUGUUUCGGAAGAAAACCUACACAAUUUGGGCAUUUGGCAUAGCCACUACAGUCCUUGGUUACUUUGUUCCCUAUGUCCAUCUGAUGAAGUUUGUAGAGCAGCGAUUUCAAGAGAACACAAAGGAAUGGGUCCUGCUAGUUUGUAUAGGAGCCACAUCUGGAAUUGGGCGCCUUGCUUCUGGAAGAAUUGGCGACUGUAUCCCUGGCCUAAAGAAGAUUUACUUACAGGUGGCCUCCUUCUUGUUGCUUGGAAUAAUGAGCAUGAUGUUACCUCUGUGCCAAAUGUUUGAGAGUGUCAUUGUGGUAUGCUUAUUCCUGGGACUGUGUGAUGGCUUUCUAAUCAGUAUGAUGAGCCCUAUUGCCUUUGAGUUAGUGGGACCAAUGCAGGCAUCCCAAGCCAUUGGUUACGUCCUUGGACUCAUGUCUAUCCCAAUGACUGCUGGACCGCCCAUUGCAGGCCUCUUACGUGAUUAUUGUGGGAGCUAUGACCUUGCAUUCUAUCUGGCUGGCAUCCCACCGCUGAUUGGAGCUCUGGUCCUUUUGUCUGUACCGCUGAUCCAUGAGAGAGAGCUGAAGAAGAAACGACAAAUGGAGGAAGAAAAAGAGAAAACACAGGACAGCGUGGUGAAUGGAGAGCUUCUGCCUGGGAGCCCAGUAACAGAUGAAUGUGUUUAGCCCAGUUUCUUCAUAUCCAAAACCCACAAGGCAUCCCGCAUAUGUAAGCCACCUCUGUGCUACAAAGUUCUGGUGGAGUACAGUGCUAUAUCUCAUUCCUCAUUUCACAUCCUUGACCUGGUUGGCACUGGAAUGUAGAUGGACUCUGGUUGAAAUGCAGUUGAAUGGGGUACCAAACAUCAAAAAAACUAACAGUUAUGAAUGUAUGUGCAAACACAUUUUUACUACUCUAAUUAUGUGUGUCUAUGCAUACUUACACAGUCACACAUAAACUCGCAGUCACCUGUGUAUAUAUAUAUAUAUAUAACAUAUAUAUAUAUAUAUAACAUAUAUAUAUAUAUAUAUAUACAUAUAUAUAUAUAUAUAUAUAUAUAUAUAUAUAUAUAUAUAUAUAUAUAUAUGGGUUCAUAUCAGUUUAGGCUACAAUGGACAUAAGGAAGGUCUGCUCCCUGUGUGCAUACUGUAUAUGGAGUACAGAUAUGAGUUUGAAUGUAUCUCAGACACAAGUAAACAAGAACUGGAAAAGGUAUUUGCAGCACAAAAAAAUGUACUGAUGUUGUGAUUGCAGCAUCUGCUCUUUCCUUGUAUGCUUAUAUGUAUUUUUCUUGACUAUAUAGUAACUGUGCUUAAUAUUGAGCCAGUAUAUGCUGCAGUAAUCUUGGAUAAGGAACUGCCCACAGGGGCUAAUACAUCAGCACACUGUCUGCUUAAAUGUGUUUGUACAUGGCUGAAUUAGAACUGGGUGCCCAGGGAAAAUAGGUAAAUGGCUGUGCCACAAUGGGUGUUUUAACUGAUGUUAAAAGCAGUAGCACUUAAAAUAGAAUGGAUCGCUACAAAUACAUAGCUGAGAAUAAGAAGCUAAAUAAGUUUCUUGGUACCCACAAUUGUCAAUAAAAAAAUUGCAUUCCUGUACAUGGAGUCUCAGCAGUAGGGAACCAUGGUAGACAUAAUUGUUUCCACUGAAAUGCCUUGGGUACCAUAGCCCUUAGAUGGUGAUAGGCUGCUACUUACUGUAUAGAGGAAGUGCAAUGUCAUUGAAUCAGCUAUCACCUGAUCUGCAAAUAUUAAGUGCAAUUUUGCAUUGAACUGAUUCAGUUUAACUGGUCUGUAUUAGCUUUUCCCUGCAGAAAACAUAACAGAAUUCAAAAAAAGAAUUCCAAAGAAAAGGUUGGAUUAUAAGUAUAGAAGUGAAGGUUAAGGAAUAUUGAGUCUUUCUCUUUAUACAGCGACCUUAUGAAAAGAAAUGAUGGCACCUCCACUCUUCCACAUAUCUCCUAGAGUUUUUAUCCUUUAAACUAUAUCAGGCAUUUCUGUUCCACGUUGGGUGGUACAGUAUUGCGUUUUCAUUAGCUGCCCCUUAUCUGCAGGGCCCACCUUCUGCUUGACUUUCAGCUGCAACAUUUCAUUUACACAAGUCUGCAAUGUGAACUAGGCCUGACUGAAACACAGACCAUCUUUCAUUUUUGAAAAAAAAGCAGCCAUUAUUUUCGGUAAAGGGUUCAUACAUUUCUUAGUACAGUGAUCGCAUUAGUACAUUAUGGCAUACACAAUAUAUAUUUUCCGCAGAGGCAAAGGAUUUUGUUUGCAGUGGCUUCUUCAGGAUUCUAUUACAACCUGUAGCAGUCACACCCUUACCCGUAUAUCUCAGUGAACCUUUAUUGCACCUCAUAAAACGUUUUCUUGGGACCAUCUGCACUCUGUGAAAAAAGUGGGGGUUAUUUUAAUGAUGAUUUUAUAAACUGGAGUUCUUAUUUUGAUUGUGAGGAACACAUUGCCAUGUCUUAUUCCUGAGAAGGUUCUAUUCAGUACACUGAUGUUCAGCCUUCAUCCAUUAAGUUGCUUAUAUACUGCAACCUCCCUUCAACCGUUCAUUGUCAGGGAAAUUGGAAUUUUUGUACAGUUAAGCUGACCAUACACUGUCCAAUUCUGGCGGUUUGGCCCACAGGCCAAACAGACAGUCAGAACAGUCUCCUUUAUAUUGUUCUGUUUGUUUGGAACUAAAUAUCGGUUGGGUUCCUUUGGCAUAAGAGUACCAAAAAUCAUGCAAAGCUUCAUUCGGUGUAUGGCCAACUUUAGAGGACUGAAAGGUGAGCACCACUAAAUGAAUUCAAGUAAUAGUCCACUACUGUCAGAUAUGCAGACAACCUUCAUAGUUAGCGCUUGCGUUUAUUCUAAUGAUUCAUAUACUGUUCUAUUUUGAGGCAAACCUCACAAAUCUCACAAACUAGCUUUAAAACAUAAAUUUAAAAAAUAUAGUCAAGCUAAGCUUUUUGUUUAACUAUGUGAAAUGUAACUUGCUCCCAAUGUCCCCAAUAGCUGGGUUAGGGUGCUGGAAAUUGGAAUUCUCAGCAAAU